AUAAUCACACGUGCGUUUGCGUUCCUGGUUCCUGCCUAGAUGAUGAACAAUUCACCGGUCGCUAAAUUAUAUUUUAUUUGAUUAGCUAGCGACCGUAAAUCUAUUUGAGAUCUUCGAUUAGUGGUGAAAUCUGCAAUGGCAAGCCAGUUCAAGUUGUUGGAAAGCUUUGAAGUGCAGUCCCAGUACACGGCAUUUUUUACUGGAAACCAAAUAGCGUGGACUCAAGAUGGGAAUCAUAUGCUGUGCCAGGAUGGUGCCAAAAUUCACAUGCUUGAGCUGGAGAGUGGAAAAGUUUUGUACUCGUUUGACAAUUCUACUGGAGAUUCUGAUAUAAAAGAUGACCCCGUCACCGCUUUUUCUGUUUGCGAAGACGAGUUUGGCUCGUAUCUGUUCGCUAGUUACAGAAGUGGUUUGAUGAUUAAAUGGUGCCGGAAAGAGAAUAAAAUAUUGCGUACCUGGAAAUCGGUGCACAAAGGACCGGUGGCUCAAAUUGCAGUUGAUGAAGAUUGCCUGUACCUGGCAACAGGGGGAAGUGAUUCAAAAAUUCGAGUUUGGGAGUUGGCAAACUUCAAUUGCAUUGCCAGUCUAAAAGGGUGCCAAGGUGUAACUAGUGUUCUGAAGUUCCGCCCGAACUCGAACGAGGUAUUUGCGGCUGGCGACGACUGCAAAAUUCGGAGCUGGUCUGUCAGCGAUGGUGCAGAAAAAUUGGUAUUGGAGUCUCACUUCAGUCAGGUCACUGCCUUCGCUUUUUCUGAAAACCAGCUUAUCAGUGCCGGUCGGGACGCUGUGAUUUGCCUCUGGAAUUUGGACAAAGGAACUAUUUUGAAGACCAUUCCAAUUUUUGAAAGUAUCGAAGGGCUAGUUUUGCUUCCAAAUGACUGCAUUUUACCUGGAAACUACCACGUUGGAUCCAACAGUGGACCCCAUGUUGCUGUUGCAGGAGAGAAAGGUGUUGUCAGAGUGUGGCAGGUGGAAAAAGCCAAAGAGGUUUAUGUGCAGUCAGACUCGCAAAUUUCGCCUUCCGCCGAGCCUGGUGGUUUGGCUGUGAUUUCACUGAUGCUGAAUGGAAAUACUCUUGCUAUGGUUGGCGUUGAACACACAAUCGUGCUACACUCUCUCAGUGACUUCAAAUGCCAGCGCCUGUUAACUGGCUACUGCGAUGAAAUCUUGGAUAUCACCUUUUGUGGCAAGGAUGACACGCAUUUGGCCGUAGCGAGCAACAGCCCAGACAUUAAGCUGUACAGAAUGAAGGAUAUGCACUGCAUCCUGCUCAAAGGCCAUACCGACAUUGUUCUGGCUCUCUGCGCAACUCCUUUGCAGCCAAAUCUCCUGGCGUCUUCGGCAAAGGACAAUUCUGUGCGACUUUGGAUAGUUGACGAAGAGCAAAGCACAGCGACUUGCGUUGCCUCUGGAAUGAUCCACAUGAAUUCUGUUGGUGCCAUUGCUUUCAGCAGAACAACUGCGAAUUGGUUGUAUUCUGGCGCACAAGAUAAUUGCAUCAAAGCGUGGGAAAUUAAAAAUUCCGAUGGACAAUACACACUCUCAUCUAAGCAUUCUGUUAUUGCCCAUGAUAAAGAAAUCAACGGUCUGAGUGUUUCUCCUAAUGACAAAAUUGUUGCCUCUGCUAGCCAAGACAAAACUGCGAAGCUCUGGAAUAGUGACUUGACACUAAUUGGAACUCUUCGCGGACACAAAAGAGGGGUCUGGUGCGCCAGAUUUUCACCAGCUGACCAAGUUUUGGCGACAGGCUCUGCUGACUGCACUGUGCGACUUUGGAAUUUAGCAGACCUGACUUGUAUUAAGACUUUCGAAGGACAUGACGCGUCGGUUUUGAAGCUGGAGUUUGUUGCAGCGGGGUUGCAAUUUUUGACCAGCUCAGGGGACGGUCUGCUCAAAUUGUGGACGGUAAAAAACAGCGAGUGCUGUUUGACUCUAGAUGGUCACGAAGGAAGAGUUUGGGCUUUGGCUGUUCACUCCGACAAGGCUCAUUUUGCGUCUGGAGGAUCAGACUCAAAGUUUGUCAUCUGGAAGGACACGACUGUUGAAAAACAGGAACAGGCCAGGAAGGAGAUGGUGGAGAGGGUCGAACAGGACCAAACCCUGUCCAACCUUCUUCACAACAAGAUGUAUGACGCCGCUCUUGAGCUAGCUCUACAGCUCAACAGGCCGAACACUUCUCUCAAAAUUAUUCAGACUUUGUCAGAGGACAAAAAUAUGCUGCGGGCAUGUGUGGAAAAACUUUCACCAGAAUUGCAGGAAUCUUUGCUGCAACUGGCACUUAAGUGGAACACAAACACCAGGAAUUGCAGCAUGGCACAGUUGAUCUUGGAAUUUAUGCUGACAGAAGGUUCCGUCCAGCUCAGCACGCAGGAUCUAGCACACGCACUAGCCUACACUCAGAAGCACUUUCAACGGCUUUCACAGCUACGUGCUGACCUUCAUUUCUUAACGUACACGGCUGCGAGAAUGACUUUAAUGCCUGAUGAAGCUUAACGUUAUAUUUUAGAUUAAUACGAAAUUGUCAAUUAAA